AUGAGAGUUGCAUGUUAUGACCCAAAGACUCAGCUUGGGCUGGAUGAAUUAGAAAGCUGUCUUCCAAAAAUUGACGACGAUGGGACGCUUGAUUUAUCUCAUGAUCCUUCGAGGAAAGAAAUCUUGUUCUGGGCAAGUCCAUGGGUUCCGCCCCCGAAACGAAGACUUCUGAUUGAGGAAAUGGAUGAAAACCUCUGCUGGCUGAUUAAGGAAGAAUACAGGGAGCUGGAUGAGGCUUCUGUUGGUUUGAAACUUUGCAGGACACUUGAAAGGAACCUGUGA